UGGCGGCGCGCGACCCUCCCCCCCCUCUCUUCCCCCCCCCGCUUUCGGCGCUAGAGGACACGGCCAAGAUGGCGGCGGCGGCGGCGGCAGUGGGGGCUCUGCGGCGCCUGGUGCCGGGCGGGCGGCAGGGCCCCGCCGCCGGGCGGCUGCUCCAGCUGCGCAGGGGGAUCCGGCUCUCCGCGCCCGCCGCCAUACAGGUGACGGUGCGAGAUGCGCUGAACCAGGCGCUGGACGAGGAGCUGGAGCGGGAUGAGCGGGUGUUCCUGCUUGGCGAGGAGGUGGCCCAGUACGACGGUGCCUACAAGAUCUCCCGAGGUCUCUGGAAGAAGUAUGGGGACAAGAGAGUAAUCGACACCCCGAUAUCAGAGAUGGGCUUCACGGGAAUUGCUGUUGGUGCUGCUAUGGCUGGGUUGAGGCCAGUGUGUGAAUUCAUGACGUUCAACUUCUCCAUGCAAGCAAUUGAUCAGGUCAUAAACUCUGCUGCCAAGACCUGUUACAUGUCUGCAGGAUCGAUUGCUGUUCCCAUCGUCUUCAGGGGCCCCAAUGGGGCGUCAGCCGGAGUCGCUGCCCAGCACUCGCAGUGCUUCGCUGCUUGGUAUGGGCACUGUCCAGGACUGAAAGUUGUUAGUCCAUGGAGCUCAGAAGAUGCGAAAGGUCUGCUUAAAGCAUCGAUCCGGGAUGAUAAUCCAGUUGUGAUGCUGGAGAAUGAACUGCUGUAUGGUGUUCCCUUUGAAAUGUCAGAAGAGGCACAGUCAAAGGAUUUUGUUGUUCCAAUUGGAAAAGCCAAAAUAGAAAGGCAAGGAACUCAUGUUACUUUAGUGUCACACUCAAGACCUGUUGGACACUGUUUGGAAGCUGCUGCUGUACUUGCCAAAGAAGGUGUAGAGUGUGAGGUUAUAAAUCUGCGUACCAUUCGACCAAUGGAUAUUGAAACAAUAGAAGCCAGCGUUGUAAAGACAAACCAUCUUGUAACUGUAGAAGGAGGUUGGCCACAGUUUGGAGUAGGAGCUGAAAUCUGUGCCAGGAUCAUGGAAGGACCUGCCUUUAACUACUUGGAUGCUCCAGCUGUCCGUGUUACAGGUGCAGAUGUUCCUAUGCCUUAUGCAAAAAUUCUAGAAGAUAACUGCAUACCUCAAGUGAAGGAUAUAAUAUUUGCAGUGAAGAAAACUUUAAAUAUCUAAAUUGUAAAUACAUAUUUUAAAGUCCUGCUUUAAAAAGCAUUAAUGGUGUAUGGCAAGCUGAAUGCAUAACUUUGUUGUAUAGCUACAUGAACUUUUGUACAGUGGGGAAAAAUACUAUGAUCUCCCAGAAUAUUUAUAUGGCUGUGUGUAAUGGGGUUAUCCUCUAAGCCACACUUCAAAGUGAUGAUAUAGUAAUGCGUAUUUGUAAGUCAGCUUUUGUACUUCAAUAGUACAAGUGGAUCGGUGUUACUGUAUAUGGAGAAAUCCUAUUCUAAAUUCAGAGUGAGGAAAAACCUCUCUUUUUGCUUGUCUUCUAAUCAUCAGACUAGAGGUGUUAAACUGACUGUGGUGGUGGUCAGGUGAAAAACUGCACUGAGCAGUGGGGGGCCUGGAGCCUGUGGCAGCAAGGCUUAUUAAAGAUGAAUGAUAACUCACUCUGGUUUAAAGCCUUGUUUUUCAACAGGACAACUUAAGUGCAACUAUCUGUACAAAGUGGUUUUGGAAGUCUGUGGUAUGCGUUAAGAGAUGGUUAACAUGUUUAGUUUGAAGAAAACUAUUGUCUCAUGCAGUAAAGCUUCUGCACAAUGGCUUAAAUAAAGAUUCUGGUCAUCUUCAGUAUGUGAUGGAAAAUAAUACCUAGCUUUUCUUUACUAGAUACCACCUAAAACAGUAAAAGUAAGUAUUUUGAGUUGCCAUGAUUUAUGCAUUAUUCAACUUGCUAUAGGGGCUAACAGCACUCUCAGUUAUAGUUCUUACAAUAAAAUAAGUCUUUUUAUUCAGAUCCAGUAUGCCUGGGUCUAAAGCAUAGUACAUCCUAUGGCUACAGUUUGUAGCAGAUACAAAUCCGCAUGCAAGAGGUGGGAAACAGUUGCAGUAGCCUUCAGGCAGAUCAGCUCACACCUGUGUUUAGCUAAGGGUCCUGACAGGUAGAGCUCCAUUAGUUUUUCUGAAGUAGCUUCCGUUGUCCUGGUACAGAGUAAAAGCCACCUACAGGAGCUGUGCAGUGUGGCUUGCUCUAUACCAAGGAUAAACUGCCUUUUACAGUUAACACGGGGAGGAGAUACUUACCUUCGUAAGUAGAUGGAAGAGCUCAGGUCCUACAUCAGUUACAGGCCAGGAAUCUGUCAGAACUAAACUUUCAUUGUAUUUCCUGGUAGUAGAAAUGCUGUUAGAUUCUUAGGAAGUCUGGCUUGCAGGUGAAAUCUUAGCUGAAUGCACCCAUCACCACACUGCUGGAGGAAUUCCAUUAACAUUUUAAUAAAAAUGACUGAAUAUCACAGGUUACAUGAAACUUUGUACAGACAUUCUCUGCAUAGUAACAAACACUGAUGUACUUGAAUUUAAAAAUGGAUUAUCUAUAAUCCUUUAAAGUGCAAUUUAUUUAAGGUUUUAAGCAAAUCAAAAAGGAUCUUUCAAUAAAGUUUAAACUGUAAAAUUCA